GUCAUUCUCAAAUGCCACUCUAAAUUCUCACAGGAUUUCUCAGUGUUUUUCAAAGAUGACAGUUAAUCAAACGGAAAACAGUAUUGCGUGUAUUCACAUAAAUAACCACAACAAUUAAUCACAUCUUGUUUUUCAACAGAGUAAACCUCAACAUGGUAUGGGAAAAGGCAAAGCAUUUGUGUUUUUGUGUGCUAUGACAAAACCAUAGAGGAUACCACUUCAGCCAACUCCUUCGUAGUGCUCCUUCACACAAACACACAAACACACACACACAUUUUCAAACAUCUCCAGAGAAGUCCAGAUUUAAGACCUGUCGCUGGUGUGGAACAUAGUGAAAAGGAGUAUCCUGUGGGGCCCUUGGGGGCCAGAAAUGUACGAAGUAGUACUCUGUAUGUGUGCUUGUGCAUGUAUGUGUGCAUGUGUGUGUGUAUGUGUGUGUAUAGUGGCAGAGUGUGACCCGAGAGGCCCAGCUAGUUAUAGCUUCUCUGCUGGAGACCACCACUUCCACAAAACAAGCAUUGUUGGUACAAAGCUCCAGACAUCAGAGACAACUCGUAUGCGCGUACACACACACACAAGCACGUACAAAAAUACAUGCACACCAGAGACAAAACUGUGCUGAGUUUGAACCUGGCAAUCCCAGCAGAGGUCAUGUUCUGUUUGCCAUGAAUAAAAUCACAGAAAGUCACUCAAAAGUCUCAUCUCAUAACUACACCACAGCCUUUUACUACAAAACUCUCUCUCUUGCUCUCUCCCUCUCUCUCUCUCACACACACACAUGCACUCACACACACACAACAGUGCUGUACAAAACGUACACUGUUGCUAACAAUAGCCCUUGGGUGGUUGGUCAAACUAUUAUUGUAGGUGUUUCUAUGCUAAUUAUGUGUGACUGAGAGCAUGUCAGAAGCAGUUACUGGAAAUAAUGUGGUGAGCUGGAAAUAGUGAGGUGGAAUUACUCUGCCUGCAAAGAAAAAAAGUGCAGUUUACUGAGUGUCAACAGUGGCUUUGUCUGACCAGUGCUAAACAAAUGAGCACAAGUUCUGCUCUGAAACACUGCGCCAAAGUCACUGGAUCAAUGUUGUCACUCCACCGAUGCAAAACUACACGAGGAAGAUAUCAUCAUCAUCAUCAUCAUCAUCAUCAUCAACAUCAGCGGAGAGGGGGGGUCAGCAUCAUGACCUCCACUUCUGGCUGUGCGCUCUGCAGAGACCUCGUUGGCUGACAGGAGUAUACGUCAGCACCUCUCACCGCUCCAGUAUAACCCCCCUCAGUCCUCUGGCGGUCACACAGACGCAAGUGUAAAAGUAGCAGCUCCAACUCUUGCCCGGACUAAAACCCAUUCAGCAUCCACGUCCCACACAGUCUGACACAGAGGAGCGAGACGGCUCACCGAGCACGAGGGGGAAAGUGAGAGGAGAGGUGGAACAUUUACGCACAGCUUUUCUCGUCUGGAUUGUUUUGGCGCGUCUUUAAAGUCCACCUUGGAUAGUUUUGGACAACAUUUCUCUGCACUCUUUGCGUCUUGGAUUUUUUUAUUCAUUUCGGCAGUCAAAUGGCAGCUCUAAGUGUGAUGUCCUCGCACCUGUUCCUGUUGAUGUUAAGCUGUUUCCUGGGUGCUGCAUCGGUUAGGGUCAUGAAAGAGGCUUCUUGGAGCGCACAGGACAGUGGCUUUUCUCCGUCCUCGUCGGACCCGUUCUCAGAUGACCUGGAUCAGGACAUGGUCUCCCAGCACAUGUCUAAACUGUACGAGAAAUACAACAGGGAAAACCGCCUCAAAGAAGGAAACACUGUCAGGAGUUUCAGAGCCAGCCAAGAUGCUUCUGACCACAGGUUGGUGUACCAGCUAAACCUUACAACCCUCCAAGAUUCAGAGGUCAUCCUCUCCGCCACAUUUCACUUCCUGCUCGAUCGGCGCCCUCAUCAAAAAUCCUGGUUCUGUAAACGCUUCAAGCGCCCAUCCUGUCGUUCCUCAGCCAUCCACCCUUCUCCGUCCAUCAGCCUGCUCCUUCGCUCUGUUUCCUCUGUGUCAGAGGUUAGAUCUGGGUCAAGGGGGUCACUUCUAGGCAAUCUGACCUUCCACCCCCACAGAAGAGGUCUGUGGCAGAUGAAAGAUGUGACCCUGGUCAUAAAGGAGGCACGGGAUAAGGGUCAUCUCCUGGUGACAGUGGAGUUAGGCUUAGGGCAGCAUUAUCAGAGGAAACCAGAGGAGGCGCUGUCCGCUGGCAGCAUGCCCUACCUGUUACUGUAUGCUAAUGACCAAGCCUUGGAGGAGCCCAACAGCGUGGCUGCAAGCCUUCAGAGGUAUGACCCUUUGAGUGAGGGAGGAGAGCCCUCACAUUCCUCUCAAGCUUCUCAGCUGCUGCACAGACCAAACACUUCACCAGAGUCCAAAGGACGCGUGAGAAGGGAAGCAACUCUGCCCUCUGAACCCAUCCAGAACAAUGAGCUGCCUGAGGUUGACUACAGGCCUGAUGGAUACAGGAAAGAUGACCUUUGGGAGAGCACUUGGUACCUCAAACCCAAGCCUAAAUCAGGAAGGAAGGAAAAGAAGAGAAAGAGCCAGGAGGAAGAAAAAGUGGAGGAGAGUAGAGGAGCGCAGGAUAAAGAAGAACCUCAGGUUCUCAAAGAAGGAGAGAGACCAUCACAUGGGCUUAAAACUGAUGACUCAACUGUGAAAAAAUUCAAAGACAGUCGCACGCUGACUGUUAGUGAGCGGAGAAAUGAGGGAAAGGAUGGAAGAAAGCACAAGGGGAGCUCUAACACUCAGUCUCCUGUCCUGAGUUUUGACGAACAAACAAUGCGAAACGCCAGGAGGAGGCAAUGGGGCAACGCCCAGCACAGAGGCUGCUCCAGGAGAAACCUCAGAGUAGAUUUUGCAGAUAUUGGCUGGAGUGAGUGGGUCAUAGCACCCAAGGCCUUUGAAGCCUACUACUGCGCUGGUACAUGUGGAUUUCCCAUGCCCAAGGUGUCGAGGCCGUCUAACCAUGCCACCAUCCAGAGCAUAGUCCGAGCCGUUGGAAUCAUCCCUGGGGUUCCUGAGCCCUGCUGUGUCCCAGAAAAGAUGAGCCCUCUGGCCGUGCUCUACCAGGAUGAAUCCAGGAACCCAGUCCUCAAGGUUUAUCCCAAUAUGUCCGUCCAAUCCUGCUCCUGCAGAUAGGCAGGGGAGGAGGACCAAACAGGGUGGAUGCAGAGAGAAACAGAAAAAAACAGGACUGAUGGAGACACAACCAUACCUCCGUUUGUUGAGUGGUUUCUUGAUACUGAGAAACAAAUUCACUUUGGCCAUCGUUAUUCCUUGAGGAACAUAGGCUGUGGAGAAAAUACUUCUACUCUCUUUUGUCCUGCGGCAGCAGACUUGAAGAGACACAUUGUCUGGUGUCUGCCUUAGCAAGAGGAACAGUCAGGGCUCCACAUGUAAAGUCAGGGCUCCACAUGUCUAAGAAGCCCACUUAUGAUUCUGUGUUUGAGAUAAUAUUGAGGAUUUCACGGACAGGAGCAUUUAAGAGAUGUUUUCCUUUUAUCUCAGAAUAUACUGGUUUUUCAAACAGCUCUCAGUGAGUUUGUGUCCAUGUUUUCUUUGGACACAAAGACUUUAUCAAUGUGUCAUCGGGCAGCUUACAGAACAACAUACAGAUGAGAGAUUAUGAAACAUAUUUCUACAUUUUUACAUACUGUGUCCAGCUGUUCUUACUUUGAAUCUAAUCAUAUGCCACAGUGUACAUACAUGCAACGUUAAUUUGUUUGCAAGGAAGGAAGGUUAUUGUACAUUCUUGCUCUGUAUAUCUUAAAAAGGAAGUAUCCAAUGAACUGUAGAGAGCAUCUGGAAUUCAUUUACACCCACUACCCCUUUAAGAAUGUUAUAAUGAAACCAGAAAUAUUUUUCUAUUUUGAAUGUGAAACUUUAAAAUAAUUUUUCAUGGUUACUAGGUUAUGUAUUACAAUAUAUUAGAUGAGAUGUGCAUUGUUUAAAUUAUGAAAAGGUAGCCUUCUGUAAGUUAGAAUAAAAAAGUAAUUUAAUCCAA